AUGGACAAACCCAUACACACUCAUCGGUUUCGCUACCGUUGCUCCAUAACCAAGCUCAUCUUCUGCUGGUUCACCAUCCUGCUCGCCUUCUUCUUCUUCUUCCUCCUCAAAACCCCAUCUUCCAAUGCCAACCGCCGAGUCCUCCCAAGCCUAUCCACAUGGGAAAACGUCGUCGUCCAAUCCGCCAAGCCACGUGAUAAUUCCACCGGCCACUCGGUUCUUGUCACCGGCGCCGCCGGUUUCGUCGGAACCCACGUCUCGCUCGCGCUCAAAGAACGCGGAGACGGCGUCGUCGGAAUAGACAACUUCAACAAGUACUACGACCCGUCGCUGAAACGCCGUCGUUCGGAUCUGCUACUGCGCAAUGGGGUCUUCGUACUGGAAGCAGACAUCAACGACUCUGAGAAACUCGCCAAGCUUUUCCGGCUGGUGAAGUUUACCCAUGUCGUCCACUUGGCUGCUCAGGCCGGCGUUCGCUACGCUCUGAAAAACCCAGCUUCUUAUGUCCACAGCAACAUCGCUGGGCUCGUCAAUGUCUUCGAGGUCUGUAAAUCAGCGAACCCACAACCUUCGAUUGUUUGGGCUUCGUCUAGCUCUGUGUAUGGUCUCAAUUCUAAGGUACCCUUUUCGGAAGAAGACCGUGCGGACCAACCAGCAAGCUUGUACGCUGCAACGAAGAAAGCUGGGGAAGAAAUAGCACACGCUUAUAACCAUAUCCAUGGGCUGUCCAUUACUGGGUUGAGGUUUUUCACUGUGUAUGGGCCUUGGGGCAGGCCUGAUAUGAUGUACUUUUUCUUUACUAAGAACAUGUUGAGAGGGAAGCCUAUUGUGGUUUUUGAAGGCCCAGAUCAUGGCUCUGUUGCCAGGGACUUUACGUACGUUGAUGAUGUUGUGAAGGGUUGCUUGGCUGCGUUGGACACGGCUGAGAAGAGCACCGGGAGUGGCGGCAGGGUUGAGGGGCCAGCGCAGUUGAGGGUUUUUAAUCUCGGGAACACUUUGCCGGUGCCAGUGAGUGAGGUGGUGAGUAUUAUGGAGACGUUGCUGAGGGUGAAGGCUAAGAAGGUUGUGAUGCCAAUGCCGAGGAAUGGGGAUGUUUUGUUUACUCAUGCUAACAUAAGCUUGGCGCGGAGGGAGCUUGGUUAUAUGCCCACAACAGAUUUGAAGACAGGGUUGAGGAAGUUUUUAAAUUGGUAUCUUGAUUAUUAUUCGGAAUCAAAGAGGGAGAGUGUGUGA